CCAAAGUUCACUCGAUUCAUCCAGUCGAUGGCGGCCCUGACCGAAAAGACGCGCAUGGGUCGUGAGGAGCUCGAGAAGAUGGUCGUGGUCACCAAGGAUCUCAAGGCCCAAUGCCAGGCGCAGGAAGCCGAAUUUGAGAGCCUGGAGGCGCAACAAAAGAAGGCCAAGGACGAGGUCAACGUCCUGAUGAGGCGAAUCGAGCUUCUGAUGGCCGAAAAGAUCAAGGUCGAGCAGCGGCUGGAGGAUCUGCGACUCGAGAACAACCGCCUGGAUGCAUUUCUGCAG